AUGGUAUUCGGAGAGUCCUUGUUGAAUGAUGCGGUCACUGUCGUUUGCUAUAAUUUGCUUAAUGAUUUCAAAGAGUUGGAAUCUAUCGAGUUUCUAGAUGUGAGCUACAGAUUCAUUGUGCCAGCACCGAUUGGAAUUUUCCAGUGCUUUAUGGGUUUGCUGGCCUUCCUUUGCGUAUCUUUAGGAGGACUGGCGAUAGGCUUAUUUUCUGGUUUUAUGUCUGCUUUUGUCACAAAGUUUACCAAACAUGUGAGAGGUAAGUAUCUGUGCCGCGGCACCUAA